GAUUUUCACAAACAUUUUCCGAGGACGGAACGAUGCAGGCCCUGCUGUGUUUGUCAACAGUGCGAAAUUCGUAGCGGCCGUUAUAACCCAUUUUACGAUAUGGAAGUGAUUUCGACGGGGACUUCUAGACUAUUUUUAACUUCUUCAGUUGAAAAUAAAGAUGAUUUAGAAGAGAAACUGGAAAGAAGUUACCAAUUUCUUCAAAGCACUACAGCUGGAUUAAGUGAUAAAGAUGCACACGAGGCUCUCAACAAAGCACUUUUGAAAGAAAAAGGUUAUGAAGAAGUGUCAUUUGGACUUUUGGUUACAAUUUUAACAGAACCUCACAAUGCAGCAAAGUGUUACAGAGAUUUAACGUUAAUAACCCGCGAUGGGUUUGGACUUAUAGUUACAAAUUUAUCACAGUUAGUGUUGGACAGAUAUUUACGUUUUAAUGAUGUGGUGAAACAACAGUUAAUAUGGCUCUUAAGGGAAAUGAUCAAAAAUGCUGUGACCAAUGUGGACAAUUUGGUGUGGAAUUUGAUGAGGCAUGCAGCGGGAGGUGAUGUAUCCCCUAAAAAUAUUACGCUUAUUGAAUCCCUUCUUGAUGUUUUUAUAGAAUAUAGAAAUUGGUUAGAAAAAUUUCCGGUUUUAAUAGCAUCUGUAGUUUAUACAUAUUUAAGACUAAUAGAAGAUCACAAUGGGCCUUACUUAACAAGUUUGAGACAGAAAGAAGUAAACUUUUUAAUAAGUAUUAUGAGGGAUCAUUUUCAGGAUUGUUUGGUUAUUGGGAGAGAUUUAGUUCGACUUUUACAAAAUGUAGCACGCAUACCUGAAUUUGACCAGCUCUGGAAAGAUGUACUACUAUCACCAAAGACGUUAUCUCCAAAUUUUACAGGUGUGUUACAACUUUUACAAAACAGAACAUCAAGGAGGUUUCUGCAGUCUAGGUUAACACCAGAAAUGGAGAGAAAACUUGUGUUUUUAACAUCUCAAGUUAAAUUUGGAAACCAUAAACGAUAUCAGGAUUGGUUUCAAAGGCAGUAUUUAGCUACUCCUGAAUCACAAAGUCUUCGGUGUGACAUUAUACGCUUUAUUGUUGGUGUUAUCCAUCCUACAAAUGAACUUCUUUGUUCUGACAUCAUACCAAGGUGGGCUGUUAUUGGAUGGCUUCUAACAACUUGUACAUCUAGUGUGGCAGUAUCAAAUGCUAAAUUGGCUCUGUUUUAUGACUGGUUAUUUUUCGAUAGUGAAAAGGACAACAUUAUGAAUAUUGAACCAGCCAUUUUAGUGAUGUAUCAUUCCAUGAGGUCACAUCCUGCAGUUUCUGCAACACUGUUGGACUUUUUGUGUAGAAUAAUUGCCAACUUUUAUCCCCCAUUGACAGAAAAAGUGAGGGCAGGCAUAUUUACUUCACUGAGGCAGAUUUUAGAUAAGAGAGUAUUAGGUUCACUUUUACCCCUAUUUGACAGUCCAAAAUUAGACAGAGAUCUUAGAACUAUGGUUCAAGAUACCUUUAGAGAGUUCUGCACAGAAAUACCGCUAGAAUCAUCUUCCAAAGUGAUUUUAAACACUCCACAUUCUGGUAAGUUUGAAGAAAAUGAAUCAGUGUCCCUUCUCAUCAACAACCAUAUUAUGGACAAUGAACCAGCAUUUAGUGAUGACGAAGAGGAACCAUCAUUAAGAAUAAGCACAUCUCUUGCUUAUGACUCAGAUGAUGAUGACAUUCCAUUAUCAAAAUUGAAAUUGAAAGCAAAACUAAAACAAGCAGACAAUUUCAUAGAAGGACCUAUUGGAGAAACUCUUCAAAAACUUCAAAAUGAAACUGACACAGAUGAAAGAAAUGAUCUAAUGGAGAAACUAAUAGGACAAGUAAUGGACUUGGAUGAAGACGAUGAGAAUCUUCCUGCUGUAGCAAAACGUCUAGUCAGCUCUGUAAAAGAUGAGGUGGCAGGGGAGAUAUUUCCAGAUGUCUUAACAGAAGAAAACCUUAUGGAUAGCAUGAAGUCUCCUCUCUUUAUGAUGUUUAAAACUAUGUAUGGAUUAACUAAAGAUGAACUAGGCAAAGAUGUACUGUACAAAUUAAUUUCAGAGAUGUAUACUGAAUUACCAAGUCUGGGUUACCUGAUUAUUUAUUACCUCAAAGCAAAAAUUUGGAAGGACAACAAAAAGGAGGACCAUUCAGUGGCAAGUGCAUUGAAGAUAAGUGUGUACAAAGACUUCUGUCAAAGUUUAGAGAAGAAAGUAGAUAUAUGUUUAUUUGAUGAUUUAUAUGCCUGUCAUCACAGUGAUACAAAAUUGAUGAUGUGGAUAGUGCCAGAUUUAUAUAGAGACUUUAAACCACAAACAGUUAAUAAUGCUCAAAUAUUGAGGGUAAUAAUUUCAGCAAUAGAUCCUAGGCAAUUACAGACUUUAGUGGGAAAAGUCCUCCAGGGCCAUCUGAUGAUGUUCAAACCAGAAACCAUCAUACCUCUAUUGAAAGCGAGUCUGCAGUGGGAGAGCUUAGAGCAAUUUUUCCUGUGGCAGCUUGUCAAUGCCCACAAUAUAUCUAUAGAUACUGUUUUACCAUUAAUUACAGAAUUAGACUAUGACCAGCAUGCAGAAGCUUUAACUGCAGUUACUCUUAUGUUAAAAAUGGAAAAACCAAAUUCAGAUUACAUCAAAUCCUUGUUUUCCAGGGAUAUUUGUGAUAAUGGUGAUCUAUUUAUUUUUACUAUAAUAAAAUUUUGGUGUGAUGAGUAUAUUGACAAAGUUGCGGAACUUAUCUCCUCACUUUUAAGCACAAGGUACCCUUCCACCUCGCCCAACAAGCGGAAAAGAUCCAACACGAGUAAAACUUUAAGUGCUACAGUGCCUAGUGCCGAUCAAGUGCUGGGACAUUUGGAAAAGUUGAGGAUUAUAUGUGAAAAACACGACUGUAUGGCGAUUUACACCUUAGAUUCCAUGCAGAGGGCCCUCAGCAUAGCCCACAACAACAGCAAUGACAGCCAGAGGAAGCAGUUUAGUGAAUUGUUUGCCUUAAUGGAAGAAGAGGAGGAGGUCAGUGCCACUAAGAGGUCUCAAGGACGGGGAAGGAAACCUGCCAAUAAGAAUGUUGUGGUGAAAAGGCAAAUUGUAAGAGAAAUAUCUGAUUCUUCAGAAGAAAGUAGUGAAGUAAGUAUGCUAUUUAAUAUGAAAUAUUCUUAAAAACAUUAGGAAUCACAAAUUCUUACUUUCUCUCAUAUAUAUUAAAACAUUAAGAUGUUUUUAUCAUCUUCCAUUUUUUACAUAUUAUGAUUUAUAUGACACAUUAGAAAUUAAGAGAAAUUGGUCUGAAAUUUUUAAUUUAAUGGAUAUUAAAAAAAAAUAGGUUACUUUUGGAAUAAAAUACAAAAAUCAAAAGAAAAGUACUUUGAGGAGCCAACCUAGUAUAGGAAAACAUUCUUAAAACCCUGCAUUUCUUGUUGAACUUAAAAAUUACAUGUGUUAAUAACUGGAUAUACAUAAAGAGUCAGUAACUUUGGUAUUCCAUUUACCAUUUGUGUACCUUUUUUGUUAGGAAUGAACAAUGUCCUUUAGUCUUCACCCAAUGCUUUAAAAAUAUGCAGUUUGUUUAGUUUGUUGUGCAUUAAACUGAAACCCAGGGGCACUAUUUAUUAUUGUCUUUAUUUAGCAUAAAUAGGAUAUAUAAGGAAGUUAUUACUGUUGGUGACAUGAUAUAAAAAGAAUACUGAGAGAAGAUGAUAAAGGUCAACAAAAAAUAAAACAAAUAUGUUUUUCUCUAAAAAAAUAUUAUUUAAAAAUGCAUUAAAGAUAAUUGUAAAAUAAAAAAUAAAGUCUGUAGAAGAAGAUAUUUGAGUAGUGUCAUUGGGAUAUUUUUGCCUUCUUCUGCAAUUAGUCUCUUUGUUCAGUUGUUUGUUUAAAUUAGUUUAUCACCAUCUUUUCUUUAUAAUGUUAAGUCACCUUUUCUAUAUAAUGUCAUUAAUUUCUCUAUCUCAACAAAUAAAUAAGUAUCAAACUAAUAC